AUGGCGUCUCCUCACCUCGCGCGCGCGUCCUCGCUCGUCCGCGGCGCGUUCACCGUCGCCAGCGGUGGAUUCGCCGGUUCCGUGUCCGCGGUCACCGGCCUCGGCGGCGCCGUCGUCUUCAUCCCCGCCCUGAGCAAGCUCGGAUACGAGGCGCGACACAUCGUCGGCACCGCCGUCGUCGCCGUCACGGGCGCGACCGCGGCCGGGAGCUUCGCGUACGCGCAGAACGGCGUGAGCGAUGUCCCGGCGGCGGUGACGGUGGGCUGCGUCGGCGCGGCGUGCACGCCGGUGGGACAGUUGCUCGCGAAACGGUUGAGCGGAAAGACGCUGCGAAAGAUGCUCGGGGGAGCGUUGAUACUGUGCUCGCCGAGCGCGAUGCUGAAGAAGCACGCGGAGGAGGUGGAGGAAGCGGGGAAGGACGCGAAGGAGGGCUGGGCGAUUAAACGCGAGCGGGAACCGGCGACGAAUACGUGGGAAAUCGUGCGGAAUCAGUUUUUAGAUCGACACGAUAAGUGGGGCGGAUGGAUGGAAGCGCUGCGUGGGGAGCGGGAGAUGCUGGCGCUCGGUGUGGCGUGUGGGUUACUGCAAGGGACGGUGGGCGUCGGCGGCGGGGUAUUGGUGUCGGCGUAUCUCACGGGGAUGACGGAUAUGGAGGUGCAUAGGAUUUGUGGGACCGCGCUCUUGGCGACGGUGUUGACGAAUUUGGCGGUGAGUACGGCGCACUUUAGGAACGGGAACGUAAAAUUCCGAUCGGCCGCGCUCUUGGCGGGAUCCGCGAUGGCGUGUUCGUAUCUCGUGGCGAAGAACCUAUCGCUGCAAAUUCCCGAGGCGCACGUGAAACAAUUCAUCGUCGUCGCGCUCAUUUCCAGCGGGGUUUCCAUGCUGAAAUAA